AGGACUGGGUAGACGUUGAUCUCGACUUCCGGCCUGUUUCGUCUAAGCUCCGCCCUCUGCUUCCUGUAGGAAGCACGUUACAGUCCAGAGCAGCUGCAGGCGCCACGUAUCCUGCAGGAAGAACUGAAGCCAAGAGGCAGCGGUUGGUUCUAAAUAGGAGUGGGAGAAGGAACCUUCUGACGUCACUAGGGGAGGAGACACGUCAUUUGAAUCUAGCAUUAACCAAGAGGCAGCAGUUGAGCUGUUAAAAACCAGAGGUCUUAACAAGAAGUCACUUGAGGAUAAGACACAUCACUGAUUCACUGAGGAUGGACAAGGCCCGGAGUCGCAUGUCUGAGAGAAUAUUAAAUAUUACACUGGACAUCAUCUACCUGCUGACCGGGGAGGGUUAUACAAUAGUGAAGAAGACAUCCAGCGAAUGUGAGAGAACCUGGAGCCUUCCCUUUGUGUCUGGAGGAUUGGGCAGAACCGAGAGCCCCAUCAGUGUGCCUCCACCUCGCUCACUGAUGCAUGAGAGAGACAAUGACCAGAAGAUCCUGGAACUCGCCAACAAGAUCAUUCAGCUGCUGACUGGAGAGGUUCCUAUAAGGUGUCAGGAUGUCACGGUCUAUCUCUCCAUGGAGGAGUGGGAGUAUGUAGAAGGACACAAGGAUCUGUACAAGGACGUGUUGAUGGGGAAUCUCUGUCCCUUCACAUCACUGGAUGGAGCCAGUAACAGAGAUACCCCAGAGAGAUGUCCCCGUCCUGUUUAUUCCCAGGACUGUACAGAGGAGAAUCACAGGACCCCACAGGAGGAUCAGCAUGAAGAUCUGACUAACAUUAAGUUAGAAGAAGAGACGUAUGUGUGGAGUGAUCAGGAGGAGGAAAUCCCUACAGAUAUCAGUACAGAUGGACGCACAAGCAGGAAUACCUUGGAGGGACAUCCCCGUUUGUCUUCAGAUUUUAAAAUAGAAGUUAGCGACAUUACACAAGAUUUUACAGGAGAAACUACUAUGAUCUUAAAUACACAGCCAGAACUUCACAGUGCAGAUGCUUCACCAAGUCAGUCUCACCUUGAUGAAAGUUCUGGUAAUUUGGGCAAUGUUACACAUUGUACAAGUCAUAGACGGGAUUCAGUCUAUCAGUGUUCUGAAUGUGGCAAAUGUUUUUUAUAUCAGUACAAUUUUGAAAAACAUCAGAUGGUUCACACAGGGGUGAAGCCGUUUGUGUGUUCUCAGUGCGGGAAAUCUUUUAGAGGCAAAGGGCAACUUGUAGCACAUCAGAAAAUCCACACGGGUGAGAAGCCAUUUUCAUGUUCUGAGUGUGGGAAAUGUUUUACACAGAAAUCAGGACUUGCUUAUCAUCGGCUAACUCACACAGGCGAGAACCCAUUUCCGUGUUCGGAGUGUGGGAAAUGUUUUAAAAGUAAAUCAAAACUUGUUUUACAUCAGAGAACUCACACAGGUGAGAAACCAUUUCUGUGUUCCGAGUGUGGGAAAUGUUUUAUAAGUAAAGUUCGUCUUGUAACACAUCAAAAAACCCACACAGGUGAGAAGCAAUUUUCAUGUUCUGAGUGUGGGAAAUGUUUUACACAGAAAUCAGGACUUACUUCUCAUCAGCUAACUCACACAGGUGAGAAACCAUUUCCGUGUUCUGAGUGUGGGAAAUGUUUUCAAAAUAAAUCAGGACUUGUAAUACAUCAGAGAACUCACACAGGUGAGAAACCAUUUCUGUGUUCUGAGUGUGGGAAAUGUUUUAGAAGUAAAGUUUGUCUUGUAUCACAUCAAGAAACUCAUACAGGUGAGAAGAAAUUUUCAUGUUCUGAGUGUGGGAAAUGUUUUACACAGAAAUCAGGACUUGCUUCUCAUCAGCAAACUCACACAGGUGAGAAACUAUUUCCGUGUUCUGAGUGUGAGAAAUGUUUUCAAAAUGAUUCAGGACUUGUAUUACAUCAGAGAACUCACACAGGUGAGAAACCAUUUUCGUGUUCUGAGUGUGGGAAAUGUUUUGCCCAGAAAUCAAAUCUUGUUAAACAUCAGAGACUUCACUCAUGAUAGACACUCAAUAGGGAGCAGCUCUACUGUGAAUAUCCUUUUAUUAAUUAAAAUGAUAAAAAAAGCAUGAAUACAUUUAACAAGUGUGUACUUGAUGUUAUAUUGUCAUACAUAUGCAUACAUUAAAUUUUUUAACCCAGACCUUGUUCUCUCUUA